ACGACGACGUCUCCCAAUCUCCUCCUCUCCCACCAUCCCCCGCCGCCGGCCGAGCCCUCCAGCGGCCAGCGCCGCCGCCGCCGCCGGCCGACCUUCCCGCGGAAGCGCGACGCCUGGGAGUCUCCUCUCCCCUCUGCUGGAUUGGCUCGGAGCGGACGGGAGAUCCAUCCAGGCUCUGCUGCUGGCCACGGAUUUGCUCGCUGCCGCGCCUCGUGCUAGCCGGGCCUCUUGACGGUUCGACUUGGCUCUUCGAGAUCUCAGCCUGUUUUCCAGAAAUUUUGGGGGUUCAGGAACCCCCGCGCCAUGGAGUCAGGUGAUACCAAAUUUGAUGCAUCACAGUAUGCUUUCUUUGGUAACAAUGUCUUGGAGGAGGUUGAGCUAGGUGGAUUAGAUGAUGAUGAUGCUGGUGAUGCUGGUUUGGUUGGGCCUGGUGACGAAGAAUACACUCCUAUUUAUGGAAGGGAUAUGUUGGAGGAAGAAGGUGUUGGUUCAUUUACUGGUGUUGAUGAUCUUGCCGGGGCAUUCUCAAAGCUGACCAGAACUGUUAACGAACCAAAGCAAUCAGGAAUAGUUAGUCGUGGGGGAUCGUUACCUGGACAAACUUCUACUGCUGACUGGGCACAAGAGGCUGAAUCAUCAUACUGGCCUACACAGCCUGCAUUGGGUGCUGAACAACGGCUGGACAACAAAAACUGGUGGUCUCAACCACCCCAUCCAGCCCAGUUUGCUGAUUCCAGACUUCAGAGGACAUCCUCAUCCCCGCAACAAGAUGCUCAGUACAAUCCUAUUGAACCUAUUCUUGGACCAAGGCCAUCUCCUUUGCAGAGAAUGUCAUCAUAUCCUCACCAAGAGCCGCAAUACAAUAAUAUUGAACUGAUUCGUGGGAAUGGUAGCAGGUUUACACCAGCUUUGAUGCAGCAUCCAAAUGGAUUUAUGCCACAUCAAAUGCCGCCACCCCAUCAACAAAAUGGAAUGCUCCCAAUUCAACACUCUCCACCCCAGUUCUCACAACUACAUGCCCAGAUGCUUGGUGCCCAACAUUCUCCGCCACAAAAUCUGCCGAUGUUUGGUCCUCGGCAUCCUUCACCACAAAUGCUGGGUAGAUUUGAUCCAAAUUUUGUCAUGCCUGACUUGAGUGAUCCCAGAGCCAGAUCGAUGUUACACCAUGGAAGGCAUGGCCCGCGCUAUCCUCCCCAAGGUUUUGAGCCUGGCAAUAUGAGAAUGGAUAAUAGGUGGCAGCGGUUCAGAUCCAAGUACAUGUCCACUGAAGAAAUUGAGAACAUCGCAAGGAUGCAGAAAGCUGCCACUCAGAUCACCGAUCCAUAUAUUGAUGAUUACUAUCAUCAAGCUUGUUUGGCCAGAAAAUCAGCAGGAGCACAACUGAAGCACUACUUCUGUCCAACCUUGAUCAGAGAUACAUCUUCUCGUGCACGCAGUAAGGAUGAGCCACAUGCGUAUCUUCAGGUUGAUGCUCUUGGGCGGCUCCCAUUUUCUUCCAUCCGCAGGCCCCGUCCGCUCCUUGAUGUUGAAGAAGCCUCUGAACCAAGUGAUAGCACUACUGAAAAAUCUGCUUCAAAAUCUCUUGACCAAGAGCCGAUGCUGGCUGCUAGAAUCACAAUUGAAGAUGGCCUUUGCCUACUACUGGAUGUGGAUGAUAUAGAUCGUUUGCUUCACUUUAGUAAACAGCCAGAUGGUGGUUUGCAACUUAGAAACAGAAGACAGGCUCUUCUCGAGCAGCUGGCAGAAUCACUGCAAUUAGUUGAUCCACUUACAUCUAAUAAGGAUGCACCUCUGUCGCAAAAUGACGAUCUAGUGUUUCUCCGCAUAGUAUCUCUUCCGAAGGGUCGGAAACUACUUUCUCGUUAUAUUGAUCUUGUUACUUCAGGUAGUGAGCUUGCAAGGAUUGUUUGCAUGGCAGUUUUCCGGAAUCUAAGAUUUAUAUUUGGCAAUUUGCCCUCUGAUAGCAGCAUAGCUGGGACCACAACUAAACUUGUAACUGCCGUUUCCACGUGUGUUGUUCGGAUGGACUUGAGUGGACUCAGUGCUUGUCUUGCAGCUGUUGCAUGUUCGUCACAGCAACCACCUCUUCGACCUCUGGGAUAUGCUGCUGGUGAUGGCGCUUCUGUCAUCAUAAAGUCUCUACUGGACAGAGCUACAGAGCUUCUUACUGAUCAACAUGUGGCCUCUGCUUACAGCAUGCAGAACCGAACUCUAUGGCAGGCAUCAUUUGAUGCCUUCUUUGGGCUGCUUAUGGGGUAUUGCAUGAGUAAAUUUGAUACUGUGGUUCAUACAGUGCAAAUUCAACCUGCUGCUGCAGCUGUGAUAAGCAGGGAAACACCAGUGGAGCUGUUGCGUGCCAGCCUUCCUCACACAAAUGAGUAUCAGCGCAAGCAGUUGCUCAGUUUCGCUCAGCGCACUGUGCCUGUCAACAGCUCUAGUUCUCAUGGGUCUGGUAAUGUGCCGAUGGCAUCAGAAUAUGUCCAGAGCUGAAAUAGAAGAACAGAGCUGCUUUUCAUAAUCUAUAUACUUGAUAUGGUUCUUGCGAGUGGUGGGAAGAACAUAGAUAUUGUGGUGACGACAAAGAAUGAUGGUCUCGGUCAAAUAUACAAAGGAUGAUCUUCGGCCACUUUAGGAAGCUGAAAUUGAUGAAUUAUGUUGCUGAGACUGAGGUAGAGAAGGCUGCUACAAUGGAUGGUGCCUGAGGGGAACAUGAUCGCUGGAUGUGUUAAGCCUUCAUUCUGUCAGCCAAAACUUUUAGGGUGCUUUCUGUUGCAUUCCAUUGCACGAUCUAAACUUGUUUUAGCGCUUUAGUUUUGUUAUUCGUAUAUGAAUUUUGUUGUUUUCUCGAUGGCCUGUAAGCUGUUCUUCUGUUCUUCCGGCGCUUGAAUUGGCACAAAUUAUUACUGCAAGCCUUGCGUAUCAGCCUGACAUUUGAACAUGCUGACAAAUCAACAUUUCUGCAGUUUGGGUUAAUUAGUGCUGCAGUGCUUGGUCAGGCAUAGCUGAUAAUGCUCUUGCCUUUUUGGGUA